AUGCAUUUUGUUUAUGUAAAGAAGAUGUGGCAAUUUAGGACGCUGUGCGCAUGCGCAUUGUCCAUUAUCUCGCUCUCUUUCUCUGGGAAAAACCCCGGCAGGAGGAGAAGAAGGAGGAGGAGGAGGGAGAAUCGUCCGCCUCUUCCUCCUCCCUCUCCUCCUCCUCCGACACGGCAGACCGACGUUGACUCGGGAGUGUGGAGCAACACGACAGGAACACCGGGAAGAAGAGUAGAAGACAGGCGGAUGUGCCUCCGAACGCGAGGCGGAUGUCGUCCUCCGGACCUCCUUCAUGCCAACAUUGUGAUACACCGGUCCCAUCCCGGCCGAGCGAGGGGUGGGCGAGCUGACCAUGGGGGUGGGCGGCUGCGAGACAUCGGCGCUCGGCGGGCCGGCGGGGCGGAGCUUGAUCACCACCCACAAUCCCCCACGACCGAGCGUCUGCUUCUCCUGGUGGUGCUGCUGUUGGAGCUGCACCUGCCGUUUUAUCGUAACAGUCUCACCACCAGGAAUGAAGACGAGAGGAGGCGGCGAGGGAGGAAGAGGAUGUCACAAGACACCAAGAUGAAGACAAUCCCAAACUGUGAACCUUGCACGGAACCCUCGGAGCAAGACAUCCGUCUGUGGUCCCAGUCCUUCGACAAGCUGAUGCGCAACCCGGCGGGUCGGAACGUUUUCCGGGAGUUUCUACGCACGGAGUACAGCGAGGAGAACAUGAUGUUCUGGCUGGCCUGCGAAGACCUCAAGCAGGAGGUCAACAAGGCUCGCGUGGAGGAGAAGGUGCGCUUCAUCUACGAGGACUACAUCUCCAUACGCUCGCCCAAAGAGGUGAGCCUGGACGCCCACGUUCGGGAAGUGAUCAACAAUAAGAUACCGGACCCGACGCCUCACAUCUUCGAGGAGGCCCAGAUGCAGAUCUACAUGCUGAUGUACAGGGACUCGUACCCGCGAUUCCUCUCCUCCAACAUCUACAGGUCGCUCAUUCGUGCCAGCUCACGCAGCUCGUCAGAGUCCUAGUCCAGGUCCUGUACCGUCCUUCGUUGUAUGUCCUUGGCAUCACGUCUCAGGAGGCGGGCACAUAGCCACGACUCAAUGUCGCCCCCGUGGGGUUACGUGGUACUGCAGGAGAGGACCUGAAGGCACUUUGUGGAGCUAAAAAAAACAAUACUCUUUAUCUUGAGAGUAUUAUAUUACUACCCAAAGUAGAGUUUUUUAAAGUCUACAGUAUUUAUCUUUUUAUUUUAGCGCCCAACAGAGAAAAAAGUUAUUCAUCCGUUAUUCGUCCAUCCCUCGUGUUUUCCUCCAUCGCCUUUAAAGAGCUGCGCCCGCCUUGUCUAUGCCUUAUUUGGGCAUGCUCCGCCUCCCCGCCAACUGGAAAGCACAGGAGCAUCCUCACGUCGGAUUUACAAACGAGACUUUUUUUCACUUUUUUUGUCCUCUUUGGGACAAAAACACUGAACUUGAUGCAACAACACACACUGCAAUAACACACUGGAGUCAGCACACACACAAACACACACACACACACACACUAUCUGUAUCAGCAUGCUUCGGAGUAUAUGACAUUAAUAUUUUGUAAUAUUAAUAUUUAGUACGGCAAUGCAAACACGUACAGUAUUUGUGUUGCAAUACGUCAGGGGAUUGAACUCCAUGUGGAAACCUCCAAGUCUAACACAAGCCCACCAUUUUGCUCUCUCAACUCCCUUAAAGGGACAUUAUCUGUUCCAGGGUCAAACUGUGCACUUGUGAAGUGGCAGAAACAGCAUUCUUGUGUUAUUCAUUCAUUCAUUUUCUACCGCUUUUCCUCACGAGGGUCGCGGGGGGGGGGGGGGUGCUGGAGCCUAUCCCAGCUGUCUUCGGGCGUAAGGCGGGGUACACCCUAGACUGGUGGCCAGCCAAUCACAGGGCACAUAUAGACAAACAACCAUUCACACUCACAUUCAUACCUAUGGACAAUUUGGAGUGGCUAAUUAACCUAGCAUGUUUUUUUUGGAAUGUGGGAGGAAACCGGAGUACCCGGAGAAAACCCACGCAUGCACGGGGAGAACAUGCAAACUCCACACAGAGAUGCCCGAGGGUGGAAUUGAACUCGGGUCUCCAGCAAAAGAGUUGUGUAAUGUCGUAAAUAAUGAAUUAUAGGAGUGUAUAAGUGACUAUAGGGGUGCUACUUCAUGUCUAGAGAGCUCUAAUAAUGUUAAAAAAACACAUUUAAGAGGUUCAUUCACUCAUUAAUUUUCUACCGCUUAUCCUCACGAGGGUUGCGGGGGGGUGCUGGAGCCUAUCCCAGCUGUCUUCGGGCGUAAGGCGGGGUACACCCUAGACUGGUGGCCAGCCAAUCACAGGGCACACAUAGACAAACAACCAUUCACACUCACAUUCAUACCUAUGGACAAUUUGGAGUGGCUAAUUAACCUAGCAUGUUUUUGAAAUGUGGGAGGAAACCGGAGAAAACCCACACAUGCACGGGGAGAACAUGCAAACUCCACACAGAGAUGCCCGAGGGUGGAAUUGAUCCUGGUCUCCUAGCUGUGAGGUCUGUGCGCUAACCCCUAGACCACCGUGCCGCCCCAUUCUUGUGUUAUGCUUCCAUUAAAUCAAGAAGACAACAUGUAGUCAACAACCAAAUGUAAAAAUAACACAAUUUUUUGCCAUGUAACGUGUCUUACAAGUGUAAAAGGAAGCUAAGCGGUGUUACUAGUCAAACGUCAAAAACAAUAAAACAGCACCCUGGUUCAUUCUUUGGUGGAAUUGCAGCCAAAAAGCCAAACUAACCAAGUUAAACAGCGAUCUAAAGUGUCAUACAAGUGUAAAAAUAAGCUAGGCAGUCUUAAUCAUUCAUGGUAACCACACUAAAGCAGCGUCCUGGAUCAUCAUUGGUGGCCAAAGCCGAGCUAAUGUGGAAUUUGUGUGACUUUUGGGUCUGUGGUUGUGGACUUUGGAGGUUCCACCGUCACACGUUUGCUCCAGUUUCAGGUUUUUCCCAAAGAAUUUGUCUCAGAUGCAAACACACACAAAAUACACACAAAAUACACACACACACACACACCAAGGUGACCUCCCUGGUUGCUGCUGCUGACCUCUGCCUUUUUUGACCUCACCACUGUUGUCUGCCGCUACCGGCCAAUCAUCUGUGGUUGGUGCGUUCAGGAACCAGGAUACGGGUGGGAAAGGAUAUACAUACACUGGUGCAAAAUGUCAAGAAUAAAAAAAACCUUUAAGACGAUGACGAAUAAAGACGAUGGAAGCAAAAAAGAAAAUAAGUGACUCUGAAUGCAUUUAUCUUAGUAUUGUUGAUGUUAUUUAUUUGAUAUUUUAUGUGAUGACUUUUGGAUUGUACAUAAAUAAAUAAAGCCUUAAACGUC